AUGGAGAAACCUGAAUUGGCAGUUUGUGGCAGCAAGAAUAGGUUAGUAAAAAUUCUGUUAACUAAAGCACAGGCUUUGAGUAGAAAAGCAGUAUCAGAUAGUUGGAAUAAGCAGCUAGACAAAGCAUGGGAUGUGUAUAGAGAUUUUUAUGAAGUCAUGAAUUUGAAAGCACUUCCAUCUGAAGUAGAUACAUUAGUAUCUUUCAUUGUUUGGUUAGACUUAACCCAGUCAAUUUCAGUUUGUAUAGAUGUUCUAGCAGCAGUUUCAAGAGCGCAUCUUGAGGUUCAGCUUACAGAUCCCUCUAAGGAAUAUAAAGUUAAGAGAGUUUAUAGGACACUGUUAAAGGAUUAUAGAAAGGCUAAAGAUCCAAACUGGCCACGUGAUCCUUUAACAGUAACUGCUUUAAAAAAUUUUGUUGACAAGAAACCAUAG